CCGGGGCUGGGCAGCAUGGCGCACAGCAAGGCCAGCUUACUGAGGGGCCUGCUCUUCUCCAGCCUGCUGCACCUCACGCUGAGCCACGAUGGAGUUUUCCUGGGCAAGGGGCAGGCCCUGUCGCUGCUCAAGCGCCCCCGCCGUGCCAAYAAGGGAUUCCUGGAAGAGAUGCUCAAAGGCAACCUGGAGCGAGAGUGCCUGGAGGAGACAUGCAGUUACGAGGAGGCUUUUGAAGCUCUUGAAUCCACUGAACACACGAUGGAGUUUUGGUCAAAAUACCAAGCUUGUCAGGGCAUAAGGAAGUCCAGGGCAGAUCUGGAUGCUUGUCUAGAAGGUAACUGCUCCAUUGGUCUGGGCCAGAACUAUGUGGGGACAAUUAGUCACACCAAAUCAGGGAUUGAAUGUCAAAUGUGGACAAGCAAAUAUCCACAUAUACCUAAAUAUAACACCACCAUUCACCCCAACCUCCUCGAGAACUACUGCAGAAAUCCGGACAACAACACAGCAGGCCCGUGGUGCUACACCAAAGACCCAACAGUGCGACGGGAGGAAUGUCCCAUUCCAGUGUGUGGUGAGGAGAGGACCACAGUUGAGUUCACUCCACGUGCCACACCUCCACCCUCAACCCAGCCAUGYGAGCAAGAGAAAGGCCUCCUUUACACUGGAACCCUCUCAGUCACCAUCUCUGGAGCUAAGUGCCUACCCUGGAACUCCGAGAAGGCCAAAGAGGUACUCCAAGGAAAGAACAUCAUCACAGAGGUGAAGCUGGUGGAAAAUUAUUGUAGGAAUCCUGAUGCAGAUGAUGAAGGUGUCUGGUGUGUCACAGAUGAACCACCCARCUUUGAGUACUGUGACCUGCAAUACUGCGACAGCUCCUUGUGGAAAGAGGAUGAACAAGUGGAGAGAAUAGCAGGACGGACUGACCGCCCUCAAGAGUACAAAACCUUCUUUGAUGAAAAAACAUUUGGUUCAGGUGAAGCAGACUGUGGCAUUCGUCCUCUAUUUGAGAAGAAAAAGAUAGUGGAUGGCACUGAGAAGGAGCUGAUGGAGUCCUACAGGGACAGCAGAGUUGUAAAUGGGGAAGAUGCAGAGGUUGGCAGCUCGCCCUGGCAGGUGAUGAUCUACAAAAAGAGGCCUCAAGAGCUGCUGUGUGGUGCCAGCCUCAUCAGUGACAGCUGGGUCUUGACUGCUGCUCAUUGCCUUUUUUAUCCACCCUGGGACAAGAACUUAACUACAAAUGACAUCUUGGUGCGGAUUGGAAAGCACUAUAGGGCAAAAUAUGAAAAUCACAAAGAGAAAAUUGUUCUAUUGGAUAAAAUCAUCAUUCAUCCCAAGUACAACUGGAAAGAGAACAUGGACCGAGACAUUGCACUCAUGCACCUGAAGAGACCUGUCAUCCUCAGUGACUACAUCCAUCCUGUCUGCUUGCCCACCAAAGAGCUGGUGCAGAGGCUGAUGCUGGCAGGUUACAAAGGGCGAGUAACUGGUUGGGGAAACCUGAAAGAAACAUGGGCCACCAGCCCAAGCAACCUGCCCACAGUUUUGCAACAACUCAACAUCCCCAUUGUAAACCAUGCUAUUUGCAAGGCAUCCACCAAGGUCAAAGUCACAGACAACAUGUUUUGUGCAGGGUAUAGCCGUGAAGACUCAAAGAGGGGAGAUGCCUGUGAAGGAGACAGUGGAGGACCAUUUGUAAUGAAGAGCCCAGAUGACAAUCGCUGGUAUCAAGUAGGAAUAGUUUCAUGGGGAGAAGGCUGUGACCGAGAUGACAAAUAUGGAUUUUAUACCCACGUAUUCCGCCUGAAAAAGUGGAUACGGAAAGCCAUCGAAAGACACGCGUGACAGGGAAGCGCUUCCCUUGCUUGCUCCCAGUUUUGCUACAGUGCUCUGCUUCUCAGUCAUAUGCACAGAAGAUCUAAAGUAAAAGAGUUAUAGGA